AUGUCUGGCCACAUACCUCAACAAAAGAGGAAGCGUACUAAGAUCAUCAAGACAGCUCAGACGAAGAAGGAGGAAGAAGCAGUGGUAGCAGUUGCAUUGAAGGCCACGUCAGCAGCUGGAGUAGCAGGAGCAGCAAUCAAUACAGUUUCGACAGCAGCCGAAGACGCUAAGGUAGCUGGGGCUGUGGUUGCCAGUGCCGCAAAGUUUGUGGUACCUGGCAAACACUGA